GGCGUUGGGGCGGGCCCAGGGUGGGGACGAUAAAGGGGGGCAAUGGCGGGGAGCACUGGUUGGUUUCUGGAGGGGAGAGCGCGCCAGGGAGGCGGGAGGCUGAAGAGCAGGCCUCCGAGGUCCCAGAGCGGACGCCGCAGCCCAUUGUGCGUCCCGCACCUCGCGCUCUGUUGCAGAGGAGCCCCGGCCGGGAAGUACCGACGCGUCUCUCCCGAGGCCGGGCCGCCUCGCCCGCUCUAGUCCAGCGGAGCCGAAGCGUCUUGGACCAAUCCCCGGUGAUUAUGCAAGACGGCGGACCAAUCAGCUCCGCCAGCUCAUGAAUAUUUAUGACCUUGGCUGAGUCAAAGCUUUGAACCGAGUUUGGGGAGCUCGGAGCAUGAUGCUUAGACUUUUCAAAGAGACAAACUCCAUUUUCUUAUGAAUGGAAAGUGAAAACCCCUUUUCCGCUUAAAUUGGGUUCCUUCCUGUCCUGAGAAACAUAGAGACCCCCAAAAGGGAAGCAGAGGAGAGAAAGACCCACACCCAGACCCCGCGAGAAGAGAUGACCAUGACCACCAUGCCAGAAAGUCUCAACAGCCCCGUGUCGGGCAAGGCGGUGUUUAUGGAGUUUGGGCCGCCCAACCAGCAAAUGUCUCCUUCUCCCAUGUCCCACGGGCAUUACUCCAUGCACUGUUUACACUCGGCGGGCCAUACGCAACCCGACGGUGCCUACAGCUCGGCCUCGUCCUUCUCCCGACCACUGGGCUACCCCUACGUCAACUCGGUCAGCAGCCACGCGUCCAGCCCCUACAUCAGUUCGGUGCAGUCCUACCCCGGCAGCGCCAGCCUCGCCCAGAGCCGCCUGGAGGACCCAGGGGCGGACUCCGAGAAGAGCACGGUGGUGGAAGGCGGUGAAGUGCGCUUCAAUGGCAAAGGGAAAAAGAUUCGCAAACCCAGGACAAUUUAUUCCAGUUUGCAGUUGCAGGCUUUGAACCGGAGGUUCCAGCAAACUCAGUACUUGGCUCUGCCUGAGAGGGCGGAGCUCGCGGCCUCCUUGGGACUCACGCAGACUCAGGUCAAGAUCUGGUUCCAGAACAAGCGCUCCAAGUUCAAGAAGCUGAUGAAGCAGGGCGGAGCGGCCCUGGAGGGCAGCGCGCUGGCCAAUGGCAGGGCCCUGUCCGCCGGCUCCCCACCCGUGCCUCCGGGCUGGAACCCUAACUCUUCCACCGGGAAAGGCUCGGGCAGCAGCGCGGGCUCCUACAUCCCCAGCUAUACGUCGUGGUAUCCUUCAGCGCACCAAGAAGCUAUGCAGCAGCCCCAACUUAUGUGAAGUUGCCCGCUGGCACCUGCCCACUUCCUUCCCGUCUCCCUCAGUCCAGGCCCCUCCUGUCUCCAGGUCCCUGGAUCCCAACUGUGUGCCCUGGGCCUGGUGGAAAAGGGCCUAGAGGGAAGGAAGGGAC